AUGCCGCCUUCAAGGGGUCGUAACAAUGACUUUAUUGCCGAGCAAUUAGUUGUUGAAGAAUCCGACGGGAACACUUCCCCUGGGGAACCAGCUCUUGCUCUACUCCAGCUGAGCAAGACAUACUCUAGGACAAUUCCGCCUCCAGCUAGCAACCGGAAUGGCGCCCAGAUAACAGAAACAGUAUUGGAGGAAUCCGAAAGUCCACCACAAGAUGAAGUACUUCUUGACACAGAAGCGUCCCAGAAGACGGAGGCAAUUGAUCGCAAGACUACAUUUCCACCUCUUACUCUUCGCAAUACUGUCAAUGUCGCCGAAGUUUUGUCGAGACCACAUACCCGUAACUCUUCAGACUUGCGCUCGACGUCACCUGGAAGAACGCUACCUCCACGUCUGACCAAGACAGCAACUCGUAACCAGGCACGAGGAAAGAGUCUUCCUCCCAGUGAACGGAGUGAAAGUGGCGUCGACAGGAGUGACUCCUUUGGCUGGAAGGAAGGUCCUGCGGCGCCAGGAUUAACAGGUACUCUCACCCCUGCGGGAAGUCGGAAGUCAUCCACGAGGUCGGGAGUAGGAAAAGACACUAAGCACCAUAGACCGAGAAGAGCCUCUGUCUGGGAAAGAUCAAAAUCCCUUGCAGAGAACUAUUUCAGGCCAGACGGCGCCAGUGAUAAGCCAUACAAAUAUAGCCAGUUAAAGCCGCGGACAGAGUCGAACCCAAACAGUGUGAGCAACGCCACUGCGUCAAAAGUUGAAUGCUUGCCACCUGAUCUCAAUCCGGCUUUCGGUCGCGGACGCGGACGAAGACGAAGCUCGGCGGGUGUCAUUGGAGUUGAUUCUGCAGCCUCCACCGGCAUCAUCACUGCGAGCAGGAGUGGCUCAGAGUCUGGGCCUCCAGGGAAAACAUCUGUGCCUCGAGAGAAAACACCUAGAAACUCCAUCAGCAAGCCCAGUCGGCGAGAGAAACGCCAUUCCAUCACCGAAUAUAUCAAACCCAUCAUUCCAUCUGACGGACGAGCUUCUCAAUCUACUGGGUGGGCACCAAACAACUUGAACAUCUCGAGGUCCACAUCUGCAUCUCACGUCAGUGACGAGGACCCCCUGUCAUCACCACACUCACCCGUUGUAGGCAAAGUUCCGUGGAGGUACAAUAGGUUAUGGAGUGAUGGUCCUAGAAGGAUUGCUACUGAAAACCCACCGCAUAGUCAACACAGUCGUCACCUGUCCGUGUCCGAGCAUUCUCAGGACAUACCUGGCAAACAUCGUCCCUCGGUUGCAGUCUUCGAGAAGGCGGUUGCGAAGCCAGGAGUAUACUUUCGCUCACGUCGCGUCAAGAACAAUGAGAUCGAUCGGUCAUGGCUGCGGGAAAAGAAGGAUCCACGACAGAGAUGGCUGAGCAUUUUUCCACUGCUCGGAAUUAUUGUUGGGCUGAUCAUCGCUGGCGUAUAUAUCUUUCUGGGCGUUCAAGGCGUCCCCAAGCACAAGUAUUGCAUGAUAUACCAAGACGACUUUUCUGCGGGAACGCUAGACACUGAUAUCUGGACAAAAGACGUCGAAGUCGGAGGAUUCGGAAACGGUCAAUUCGAGGAGACGACUGGAACAGACGAGAACGUCUUUGUGAAGGACGGCGUGCUCCAUAUUCAGCCCACCUUGCAGGAUAUUAAUCUCCUUACUCACAACAGCGUCCUUAAUCUCACUCGACUGGGUACGUGUACCUCAGAUCUUUGGUCCAAUUGUGUGGCUGUGACCAACACCACGAAUGGGACGAUCAUCAAUCCCGUGAAGUCUGGUCGUAUCACCACUAAGAAAGGCGCCAAUAUCAAGUUCGGUCGUAUAGAGGUGGUGGCUAAGAUGCCACAGGGAGACUGGCUGUGGCCCGCAAUUUGGAUGUUGCCGACAGAUUCAAAGUACGGCGUAUGGCCUCAAAGCGGAGAGAUCGAUAUUGCAGAAUCUCGUGGUAACAACCACACAUAUUCCGAGGGUGGAAACAACAUCAUAGGCUCGACGCUUCACUGGGGUCCCAACGCAGCCAACGAUGCGUGGUGGCGCACUUUUCGCAAACAACAUGCAAUGCACUCGACCUUUUCCGAGAACUAUCACACAUUCGGUCUGGAAUGGAGUGAAAAGUACCUUUACACGUACCUCGAUAGUCGCUUGUUGCAGGUCCUCUACAACCCAUUCAAAACGCCGUUCUGGGAGAGGGGCGACUUUCCUCUCGCACUGCCCAACGGAACAGCAAUUGUCGACCCUUGGUCCAACACGGGCGAUAAAGCUACCCCAUUUGACGAAGACUUUUUCCUGAUACUCAACGUUGCUGUGGGCGGAACGAACGGAUGGUUCAAGGAUGGCGUUGAUGGCAAGCCAUGGGUAGACGCAAGCCCACUGGCCAAGACUGAAUUCUGGGCCGCAAAGGAUUCAUGGUAUCCGACAUGGCAGAACGAGCACGGAAGUGCUCUACAGGUGAAGAGCGUAAAGAUGUGGCAACAACAAGGCUAUAACGGGUGCAAUGAGCAAGCGAAAAGCAUCAGAUAG